AUGAAAAACAAUGAUGAGGCUGCAAAAGAUGAAGUGCCAAAAGAGACAGAAGAAGAGGUGAAGAAAGAUCAACCACAAGAAAAGCAUGCAGCAGAGCAUUACAGAUUAGCUGGUCGACCGCCAUUAAUUACAGUUUUAGUUUUAUCUAUCGGACCAAUUGUUUCUCAGCUUGCUAGCGCGUUGUAUGGUAUAUUAGAUACAAUAUGGAUCUCAAAAUCUGUCGGUGAAAUCGGUAUGACUGCAAUUUCAGCUUAUACUGCAUUCGAUAACAUUGGUCGAGCGUUCGGUUUCUUGACAAGUGUCGCUGGAAGCUCACAAAUUAGUGCAUUAUUCGGAAAAGGCCAAGAAGAAGAGGCUUCUCAAGUUAUGUGUGAUUUAAUCCGCGUUUGCAUAAUUUCCGGUAUUAUAGUACCUGCCAUUCUUGCACCACUAGUUAAACAUGGUGUAAGAUGGUUUGGAGCUGACGAAGAAGUCGUAGAACUAGGUUUCAAAUACAUGUUUCCUCUAUUGAUGUGUACAGUUUUCACCUGCUUUUUCGUCACAUCAGGAGGUUUCCUUCAAGGAGAAGGUCGUUCUUUACUGUUCGGCGUCAUCCAAGUCGUUUCAUUGCUCGUAAAUAUGGUUAUUCUUGAUCCUCUCUUCCUUUUGGCCUUCAAAUGGGGAUUGGCAGGUGCUGCAUGGGCUAGAAUUAUUACUGAAGCUGUUCCAGGAUUACUCGUUUUUACAUUAUUUUUCAUGGGAAAAUUCGGUGUAAAACCGAAAGUAUCGCAACUCUUCAAGAAAUUCAACAAAAAUACAUUACCAUCACUCAAAGUUGGCCUAUCCCAACUUGUUUCCAAUCUUUCAGUAUCAAUUCCCGGAAUUAUCGUAAGAAAACUGAUUGGUAGUGCUGCACAUAACGGUAUACACUCAUUUAACGACGUUAUGGCUGGCUACAAUGUUGUUUUCAGAUACGCUCAAAUAACGAACAACGCAAUGAUCGGAUUUACCAUGGGAUACUUACCAGCAGCAUCAUAUUCAUAUGCUGCAAAGAAUUUUAAGCGAUGGCUACGCUUAACUCUCCAUUUGAAUUGGAUUAAUUUCUUAUGGGGAACAAUUACAGCUACAUUGAGUUGGGCAAUACCCGCACAGAUAUCUUUGAUAUUUGCUAAGGGUGAUGGAUACUUAAGAUGGGCUUCAGAGAUGCUACAAGUAGGAAAUGCUCUUGGUUUUGUUGUUUUUGGCCGAUUUAACUUCCCUGCGAUGCUACAAUCCUUGCAAUUAGGUAUAACAUCAACGCUGUUAUCAUUAGCCUCUCAGUUAGUUUCUAUUAUUGUUUUUGCGUUAAUUUUGUAUUAUACACACAAAACUAACCCAACAACAACAGUGUGGUGUUACGGUUUAUCAUAUGCUUUUGGCCUGAUCCUUGGUGGCAUAAUUAUAUUGAAUCCUGUUCGAAAAAUGAUGAAAGGCGAAGAUUUCAGAAAACCAAAGGAAGAAGAGCCAAAGAAAGAAGAGAAAGCGAUUGAUAAUGAAGAAGAAGCAGACACUUCAUCCAGUAAUCCUGCUGGUGAUGGAACUGAAAUUGCCGAAUUAUAA